AUGGUCCUCGAAGAAGCCACUCAGCCCGACGAAUCGUUCUCUGAUGCUGCGCCUAGCAACGAUGAAGACCCAUACUCCGGCGACCGGAAUCCUACAGUCCUCGCAACCCGCGAUCCAUCUCACGUUCAAGCAGCACCAGGCGUUUACGUGAACCUCAAUACCUUGCCUAAACUCUGGACGCCUUUCGAAUGGGCCGGCGUUGAAGCUCCACCUGCACCAACCCUUGCCAAGGGCAUUCAAGACACCAGUCGAAUGGCAAGCCAAGUGCUCGAACGACCCGUCAGCCAAGAAGAGGCGGACGCGUUAUCAUUCCACCUCGCGAGAUCACUACGCAUUGGAAGCUAUGGAGCCCCUAUCGGCUUUGCUUUAGCGUCUAUACAAUGCUAUCGCACCGCAGGGACGCUGAGGUUCCCAGGCUGGACACCCAACCCAGAGCAAUACAGCCCAGAUCGGUUCACGAAAUUCGUUCGUGGCUAUGCGGCAAGAGUCCUGUGGUCUUCGGCAAGAUUUACAGCAUAUAGUAUUGUUGGAAUUACUCUUGGACAGAUUUUCUUUGGAAGUUAUGCUCUGUCAUCGGGCAGCGCGGGAAGGCUGAUGGAUUCGAGGUUGAAGUCUCUGCAUGAGAAGAUUCGAGAAAAGCAAAAAAAUGGACAGAAUGGUGAUUUGAUGAUGGGCGGAAGACAGAUGGAUCGAACUACAGGGCCGAGAGAUGGAGAGACGAGGGAUAUGGCGAGACAGAGGGCCAGAAUACAGAGGCAGCAGGCGCAGCAAGGAAGCGGAGAUGACAUGUCUCCUACUGGCGGAAGUUUUGGGAAUGAGUAUCUGGACACGGGAAAGCAGCAGCAGUUCGAUACCGAAUUAAUGAGCGAUGGUCAGACGCAACAGAGGGAUCGUUUCUUUGAGCAAGAGGGGCAGAGAUGGCAACAGCAGCAGCAACAACAACAACAACAACAACAACAACAACACCAGCAUAACGCUGCUCGCACACAGAGCAGGCAACCUGUCGAUGAUGCUUCCCCUGCAGCUCAAGAGAAUUCUCCAAAGCAGACUGGCAGCGCAUGGGAGCGACUACGGCAGCAAGCGGCUUCGGGGCAAUCUCAACAGCCUUCAAGGUCAAGCGGGGGACAGAAGGCUACAACUUCCCCUUCGUCCUCGUCCGAUGGUGACAGUUUCAGUUUCUCGCAGGGCGAGGAAGACAAGGUGCUCGCAAAGUCGGAGGCACAGAAGCAGUUCGAUGCUAGGAUUGAACGAGAAAGAGAAGGGAAGGACUUCGAUGAUCAGAGUGGGAGGAGAGGAUGGAGGUAG